GAAGUUGAAAAAGAAUGUGGUCUACAAAAAUGUAUUUUGUCUACUUUGCAAUAGCCCAAGAAAUCACACGUUCCAAGACAUGUGUAAUUCUUUCUCUGGUGGACCAACUACUCCAGAGUUCAGUUACAUCUUGAAUCUGAAUCUGUUUCACAAAAAUCAGGAAACACAUGUUUCAAACCUUGGAGGUAUUGAUACUAGGUGCCUAGAAAGUGAAGUUAUGGAUCCGUACUUAACGAAGUGCAGACCACUGACGUGCCCAUUUCCAACAACUCCAAAGUAUGGUACUUGUAUGCAACCGCCUUUUAUUUUCAAAGAUCCCAUUUUGUUUCUAUCAUUUCUUAUAGCUAUACAUGAAGAUGUCAUUACAUUUGUAAGCUGGAGGAACACAAUGAAUGAUGAAGACAUAAAAUUAUUUUUACGUUUAUUAAACAUCACAUCAUGCGUUUAUGCUCAGUAUGUUACCAAUAAUUAUAUCUCAAAGUUGACUGGUUUGUUAAAAUAUAUUCACCUUAAAAUGCACUUGCCUCAGACCCCCCUUUGUGGCAAAAGCAUAUUGGAAAACAUUUUCUAUGACCAUGCAUACUCUGCAAAGGAAAACUUGUACUUGUCAAUUUAUGGACACAGAAUACAUAAUUAUACAGUGGAACCCUUUAUUCCAUUUACUUAUGGCAAUGAUUCCACUUAUAACUUUGCACCAAAGAUCGGAUCAUAUAAUAUUAAAACGUUCACCACCAAUUCAUCAUCCGCUUAUAGGUACCAUUAUGGGUCUGUAGAAGGACUUCCUUGUCCGUACUUAUUUUUGAAUGCAGGUGACUUCCUUUCUCUUUCUUCAACACCUAAACAAUAUUUUAGGCAUUUUGACUGGUCAACAAUAGUCGAUCGUUUUGUUUCUAGAAAGUACUAUUCAAAUGGAGAGGGAAAGUAUGUGUAUUUUAUUUGCCUUGAGUGUUACAUGCCUUCAAUCAUAUUGCUUUCAAGAAAAGAAAGUGAUAUAAAUAAAAGAAUAGUAACGCUAGCUUUUGCAAUUUCCUCCAUGGUGUGCAUAAUCGUUUGCAUUGUUGUAUUUUCCAUAAAGGGAAACAAGCGAUCUUUUCCUAGUAAGGUAUUUCAGAUGGCAUUAUACAACCUCUUUCUUGCACAGGGUUUCUUUCAGUUUGGUGUUGAAAGAACUAACCUUCCAUAUCCGUGCUGUAUUGUCAUAGGAAUGUUUGUACAUUAUUUCUGGCUAACCGCCGUAUUCUCGUUGAACGCAUUCUGUGUUUUGGUUGCAACAAAACUCUCUGCCUUCAAUGACGAAAGACGAGUUAAGACUUCUGCUAUGAUAAAAAUAUUGUUCUACAUUUAUCUAUUACCUGGUUUGUUUGUAGGAGCAAAUGUUAUAUACUCCAUGUUAGUUAAAGGUAAAAUCGGAUAUGGAGAUAAGCUGUGCUACAUUGAUGAAGCUGUCAUGCGGGGACUUGUGUUUGCUCUACCUAUAUUUAUCAUUAUAUUUGCCAAUUGUUUUGUAUAUUUCUAUAUCGUCUACAAAACAAGGGCAAUUUCUAUAAUGGCGGGUAGGAGAUCACGGGAAAUGAAAUACGCCACGGUGUAUUUUAGAUUAUUAUUGCUUACUGGAGUUUCAUGGGUAUUCGGAUUUCUUAAUGAAAUAUUUUCAUCAGAUGUUUUGCAAUACUGUUUCAUCGUAACAAUUGCAGGUCAAGGUGUAUUUUUAUUUCUUGCAUUCUGCAUUGGUCACAUAAGGUCUGCAUUUGUAAGACUCACGGCGAACGUAAUUCGAAGAACGAACUGAAACAGGUGGGGAGAUUAACUGACACAAGAUUCACUAAUUGUCAUGUAAGCCCUUGAAACUUAUUUCUUAUUGUAAUGUUCCAAUUAACUAAUGUGUUCUUCGAAAAAUGUUAAAAAUGUCAUUUUUCUUACUGUUUCGUGUGAUUAUAUUGGCUAUAAACAUUGUAUCAUGUUUAAUAAAAUUCGUAUACAUUCGUUUUCGUAUAUAGAUUUGUGUUGUUUAUAACAAUGGCC